CCAAUUAUGUCGACGAUUCCAAGGCGAGUGUUCGUUUGCGGCGGGAAUUCAAAUCCUGUGUAGGUCUCUAGAGUGUUGUUGAGCUCUACGACUCAACGAGUGCUCUGAGCUUGCCGUAUAGGGUCACCGGCGCAGUGCAGUGUGCAAGAUGGUGGUCAAUUGCUUCCGCUCCACCCUCACGUGAUUUCUUCGCUCUUGGCGGUGUCUUCGCUCAUCUGACAAAGGAUUUUGUGUGCUUGAAUUGGUGCUGCAUUGCGAUCGGAAGGCUUGCCUAGUCUUGACUUGAGGGACUGAGAUCUGGCAUUGGCGAGGAAGUGAUUUGUUUGCUGAGUGGUGAUCUAUGGCGCCGGCGAAUAAGCAGACGCCUGUAAAGAGCGGUCCUCAGCGUUCUAUCAAAUCGUUUUUUACCAAGAGUCCUGGGAAGGCGUUGCCUGAAGCGAGUGAUGGAAAGAAGAAAGGUGGACUGGAGGUAGGGCAUACCGAAACGCCGAAGGAGUCUGUUGUGAAGGAGAAGAAAAAACUUGAUAUGGAUUCGGGGAUUACUUGUACCCCUGGAAAGAGGAAGGCUGCUGCUGAGGUCGGGCAGUGCGAAGCUGUGCUGGAAGGCGCGAAGACAAUUGGCGGUGAGGGUGAAGCUAAUGAUGAAUUGCAUGAAGUCGAAGCCACGCCCGCGAAGAGAAGAAGAUUGAAAAAAGUUCAGGAUCGUAGAGAUUCAGAUUCUUUGGUAAUUUCGUCGGCUCGAGAGCGUAUGGGUUCUGCGCCUCGUGGAGCUGUGGAGGAUUCCGCAAAGUCAGUGAUCGGACGGAGAUUGAGGGUUUAUUGGCCCUUGGACAAGGCCUGGUACGCGGGUCGAGUAAAAGAUUACAAUAAGAACGAAGAAACGCAUGUGAUCGUUUAUGAUGAUGGGGAAGAAGAAGAAGUCGAUAUCGUUAAGGAGAAAGUGGAGUGGCUUUCAGAAUCUGAAACAGUAGAGAAUGGUGGUGGACGUAAGCGACCUAAGCGUCGUUUGAAUGAAGGUGCGAAUUCCGAUUCGGAAUCCAACAGGGGAUAUUCAAGCACUGGAGAUGAAUCAGCUGGCGGAACAGCUGCGAUGGAGGAAGAGAAGGAAGGCAGGCCAAGACGGGGACGAAGUAGGCGGCAACUAAGGAGCAUAGUAGAAUCUGAUGAGGGUAGUGGUGAUGAUGAUGAUGAUGAUGAUGCUGACUUUCAUGUUGAGUCUAGUGAGGGUAAAGAAAGUGAACAAGAAGAAGUUGAAGAUGAUGAUGAAGACGAUGAACUCAAUGAACCCGAGGAAGAGAGUGAUUCUGACAGUAAAGCACGGAAGAAACCUAAGAAAAAUCCUCCUUCAAGCUCAAGCAAGAAGACUACUGGACGGGGAGUAAAGAAAUUGAGCCAGCCAGUUUUGAGCGUUGGCAAGGGAUCUGCAGCUCUGAAAGGUUCUUCACUGGCUAAGGGACUUUCAGGAGCGACCACUCUCAAUUCUGGACGGUUGGAAACAUCCCUAAGUUUCUCGAAUGGCAUUGUAUCAAGUGACCCGUCUCCGCUGGCGGGAGAAGCAGCCGAGCGAUUUGGUGGGCGUGAUUCAGAGAAGUUCAAGUUUCUUGGGAAGGACCGCAAGGAUGCUUCUGGUAGAAAGCCCACUGAUCCUGCUUACAAUCCUUGCACUCUACACCUUCCAGCAGAUUUUAUAAAAGGACUUUCAGGAGGGCAGCGCCAGUGGUGGAUGUUUAAAGCCAAACACAUGGAUAAAGUUCUGCUGUUCAAGAUGGGAAAAUUCUAUGAGAUGUUUGAAAUGGAUGCACAUAUCGGUGCGAAGGAGCUGGACUUGCAGUAUAUGAAGGGUGAGCAACCGCACUGCGGCUUUCCAGAGAAGAACUUUUCGGACAAUGCACACAAAUUGGCUCUCAAGGGAUAUCGAGUUCUUGUUGUGGAGCAGACAGAGACACCUGAUCAGCUGGAAAAACGACGGAAAGAAACUGGUUCAAAGGAUAAGGUGGUGAUGCGUGAAGUCUGCGCUGUGAUCACAAAGGGCACAAUGGUGGAUGCGGAUUUGACUCGUCUGGGUGGAGAGGGGAUGGCAAUGUUAUCAAUUGUAGAACAUGUUUCAGAGACCGGUUCUCCGUUAAUUGGUCUCUGCGUGGUCGAUUCAUCAACCGGCUGCUUUCAGUUGGGCCAGUUUGAAGAUGAUCCUGCCAGAAUGCGCUUAAGUUCGGUAUUAACAGAGCUGAGACCUGUGGAGCUGAUAUUACCUCGCAGUACCCUUUCUAGUGCUACUUCUCGAGUUCUUCGUGAUUGCACCAGAAAACCGCUGGUUAAUGAAAUGAAUCCUAGCGAUCUAUGGGAUUCAGAAAAGACUUUGAAAGAGGUUAUCAGUAUUUACUCCGGCCUUAGGAGUGAUUCGACAAAAAACGCGAAAGAGAACCUGACUGACGAGGAGUUACUGCCGAAUGUUCUCAGAUAUGUGAAAGGACUUGGAGAGAAGGGAAAAAUGGCUUUAUCCGCCUUUGGAGUUUGUGUCACAUAUUUGCGUCAAGCUUUAUUGGAUAAAGCUUUGUUGGCUGUUGGCCGGUUUGAGCUACUUCCAGUUUUUGACGCCCUCCUCCAAGAUCCCGAAAGCAAGGUGUUAGUGGAGCAGGGAAAAGCUGGAGUGGAUGCUGCCUUCCGUAGAAUUGAGCCUCACAUGGUGCUGGAUGGUGCUGCUUUAGAAAACCUGGAAGUUUUGGAGAAUGGUGAUGGUGGUACAAAUGGUUAUUGUCACAGAACAUUGCUUGCGAAGCUGGAUCAUUGUGUAACUCCUUUUGGUCGUCGAUUAUUGAGGGCGUGGCUUGCGAGGCCUCUACUUCUCGAGGAGUCUAUUAGACAACGCCAGAUGGCUGUGAAGGAUUUGAAGGGAGUGGCAUUAGAUGCCGUUGCUCGUUUUAGGAAAGAAUUGGGAGGAUUGCUCGACUUAGAACGUGCACUGGCUCGAUUGUAUGCCAGCAGUGGAUCCAAUGGAAGAAAUGCUGCAAAGGUGGUCAUGUACGAGGAUGUAGGCAAGAAGCAAGUGCUUCAAUUCACUUCGGUGUUGCGGGGGUGUCGGUCAAUGUUACAAGCAGUUCAAAAUUUUGAUUCUUGUCUUUCGGAACUUUCAUCCACUCGCUUGAGGGACUUACUUACAUUUGGGAAGGGUAUGCCAGAUAUGAAAUCAACCAUCGAGCACUUUGAGGUAGCAUUUGAUUGGUCUGAAGCGGAAUUGUCUGGACGUAUACUGCCUCGUGAAGGUGUAGAUAGUGACUUUGAUGCUGCAUCUUCGGUAAUUUCCGAAGUAGAGAGUAAGCUUGAUGCUUACUUGGAAGAGCAACGCGAGCACUUUGGCAACUCUUCAGAGGUUGUGUACUUAACUGUGGGAAAAGAAUCCUAUCAAAUGGAAGUGCCUGAACGAUUUCUCGCGAAGGUUCCUCGAGAUUUUGAAGUGCGUUCUUCUCGAAAGGGCUAUCGGAGGUACUGGAGUCCAGCUAUUAAGAGCUUUUUACAAGAGCUUGCUGCUGGACAAGAGCAGCGAGAAAGUGCUCUUAAGGACAUUCUAAUGCGUUUGGUGCGCGACUUUUGUAAAUAUAACUCAACUUGGCUGUCCGCUGUUCAAACCAUUGCAGAGUUGGAUGUGCUAAUUAGCAUUUCAGCAGCUAGUGUGUACACUGAGGGCCCUACUUGCACACCUACCUUUUCUGAAGGUGGGCAGCAGGCUGCUUGGUUCCAUGCCAAGGGCCUUCGCCAUCCUACAGUUGGGCAAGAAUUCUCAUUCGUGCCAAAUGAUAUAAAUCUUGGUGGAGAGCAUCAUCCACCUUUUAUGCUGCUGACUGGUCCGAACAUGGGAGGGAAGUCUACUCUUCUUCGACAAGUAUGCCUGGCAGUUAUUCUAGCCCAGGUAGGGGCGGACGUGCCAGCUGAGGAGUUGCAAUUAGCGCCUGUCGAUCAAGUUUUUGUUAGAAUGGGAGCUAGGGAUAAUAUUAUGGCUGGGCAAAGCACUUUCCUUGUUGAACUUCAGGAAACGGCUACAAUGCUGCGCUCUGCAACAAAGAACUCUUUGGUGGCUUUGGACGAGCUUGGUCGCGGAACAGCAACUUCAGAUGGUCAGGCCAUUGCGCAUGCUGUUUUGUGGGGCUUAACUAAUACGAUUGGGUGUCGAGGCAUCUUUUCUACCCAUUAUCAUCGUCUGGCCACCGAGCACGCAACAGAUCCUACUGUGGCGUUGCAUCAUAUGGGGUGCAAAGUGGCAAGCACCAAAGGUGGGCUCGAGGAAGUAACAUUCUUGUACAAACUGUGUCCUGGGGCUUGUCCAAAGAGCUAUGGUGUAAAUGUAGCUAGGCUUGCUGGCAUGCCAGAAUCUAUAUUACAAAGAGCGAGUGCACGCUCUUCAGAGCUUGAAUCUUCAUUUGAGCAGAGGAGAAACUACCAGCCUCUUCAUGGCUCCAUCGUCUGCAAGCUAUAUAAAGCAUUGGGCCAUUAUCUGGAGAACGUAGCAAGAGACCCUUCCAAUCUGGAAUCGUUAGAGACGUUGAUGCCGCUGUGGGCAGAAGCUAGAGAACUGGUCCUGAACUUGUCGUAAGUUUACACCCAAAGGACUAGACAACUUGACAUGUAUUGCUUAUCCUUCUUUUGUUUUAGGAUAUCAUUAUGGAGUUUAUAAUCUAUACAGGUUGCCUGAUUUUUGUACUAGGAUAUCCUAAGGACCAAAACGAAUUGUACAAGGCAGUUUACUUUUCUUUCAAAAUUAGGACGUAGCUAUCGGUCUUGUGUUAUUAUCUGGGCUACGUGUCUGCUUUCCAUACCCCUUUAUAUGAGGUUUCAAUGUAAGUUGGAUAAUAAACAUUGUAUCAUGAUUAUGAAAUUGCCAAAGAUAUCAUGAUUAGUCA